AACUGCUAGAAAAACAUUUUGGUAGUUGCAUGAAGAAGAAGAAGAUUCCUCUUUGAUCCACGUUUUGUGUGUUUUCGCUAGCUUAAAAAUCAUGAGCUCGACAAUUUCUAAAAAACGGAAGUUCGUCUCCGACGGAGUCUUCAAGGCUGAACUUAAUGAGUUCCUGACGCGUGAGCUGGCCGAGGAUGGAUACUCCGGCGUAGAGGUGCGUGUCACCCCAAUUCGCACAGAGAUCAUCAUCAUGGCUACCCGGACGCAGAAUGUUUUGGGUGAGAAGGGACGUCGCAUCCGUGAAUUGACGGCUGUUGUGCAGAAGCGCUUCAACUUUGCCCCCGGAACGAUUGAGUUGUACGCCGAGAAGGUGGCCACUCGUGGUCUGUGCGCCAUUGCUCAGGCUGAAUCGCUCAGGUACAAGCUGAUUGGUGGUCUGGCUGUACGUCGUGCCUGCUACGGUGUACUCCGCUUCAUCAUGGAGUCCGGCGCCAAGGGAUGCGAGGUUGUUGUGUCCGGAAAACUCCGUGGCCAGCGUGCCAAGUCCAUGAAGUUCGUGGAUGGCCUCAUGAUCCAUUCCGGUGAUCCGUGCAACGACUACGUGGACACUGCUACACGGCAUGUGCUUCUUCGCCAAGGUGUGCUGGGCAUUAAGGUGAAAAUCAUGCUGCCGUGGGACGCCAAUGGCAAGAUGGGCCCCAAGAAGCCUCUGCCUGACAAUGUAUCCGUUGUGGAGCCCAAGGAUGAACCACCAGUCACCGUGCCCACAUCCAUCCCGGAAUAUAAGAAACCAAUUGAGGCGGUACCCACAGAAAUUGAGGGACUAGCCUAAAAUCGCCGGAUGGGGGUUGCUUUGUAAGAAUAAAUUUCCACGUGGAAAUGUGAAAAUA